UGUUAAAAAGCCAAAAGAGAGGUGGAACAUUAUUUCUGUUUACUGACAGCUGAAGAUGACUGUCCAGCUGUCCAAAGAGUGAGUCUCUAAAACAAAUCUGUCAUCUUUUUGACAGUGUGAAGAAUCAUUGCAGCCACAAGCUCCGAGAACAUAGAAAAUGACAAGAAAAAGAAAGAGAGCAGAGAAAAGAAAGGCACAGAAGAAGGUAGAUGGAAGCACAUCUUCAGUCAAAGUGCCUUCGCAGAACCAACCGAAAGGCAAAAAUGCUGAAGAAGGCCCGGCCAGACCCAGAAGCCAUGAGCAGCACAGCACUGACACAACAGAGUCUGAGCCUCUGAGCAAAGAGGUUCAGACUCAAACAAGCUCAAGUAAAGUCAAAAACAAAGGGACUCAGACAGAACCUGUAAGUAAAGCAACACAGGAGACACAGACAGAGUUCAGUGGCAACACAGAGACCACACAACUGUUACAGCAGACAGAACACAGUCCUGAAGAGGAAAAAAUGGAGGUGGAUACUGCGUUGCCACGGAAUAGAGAAAAUGAAAGUGAUGGAGAAAAGGAGGAAAGUAUAGAGAGGAAGAAAAGAAAAUGGAGUGAAUCUAAGGAAUUUACGAAGGAGACAAAAGAGGUGAGGACCAAACUGUCAGAUGGUGAUGGAGAACAAGAUGGAGAUAAGCAGACAAAGCACAAACAUUCAUCAGGAGAUUCACAGAAAGCCACUGAUCUCAAGUCAGGAGCUGAAGGACCAAAAUCAUAUGCAGCUGCAGCAGCAGGGAGUAAGACUAAAGACUCUAAGGAACAGAGGAAUCAGACAGCAGCAAAGCAAGAAAGCCCAGUGGAAAGUAGAGAAACUCAAAGAAAACCUUCCCCAGUGAGAGGUCCAGCCAAACAGCAAAUGUUCACUUUCUACAUAUAUGCAGUUCUGGACAAAAGAUUCAGAUUUAACAAACACAUCUCCCUUUUGCUGCUUCUUGAAUAUGAGACCAUUGAACUAAAAAUUACAGAUUUUAUAGAUCAACAUCAGGAUGGCGAUUUGAUUGAAGCAACAUUUUCAGUUGAGGAAAGCAAUGUAAGGGGCUGUACAUUACAAUAUAUGUAUGCAGUGCAGCAACGACACAGGCAGAUUGAAGAAAUAGCAGUGAGAUAUGCUCAUAUCCCUACUGACAAAACCAUUAAAGAACUGCACCUUUAUGAAGGCUAUAUAAGUUCAAGCUCAAGAUCUUUUCAAGAAAAAGUGAGGAACUUUUGGUUUCAGACUAGACAAAAAGAAAUUUGCAAAGGCUGGGAGACCUCUGCUCAUGUACUACUGGACAGACUGUUUCUGAAAUGGGACCCAACCAACCAUGAGGCCAAGAAGACAUUUAUAGAACACCUAAAACAUUACAAAACAGGUUUUCUAAUGAACCGGUUGGAAUUCCCAGAGGAUAUUGCCCCUUUUCAGUUAAAUGUGUCAGAGCUGAUUUCUGCAAGACUAAUUAACAUUUUGAAUGGAGAGUUAGAAAGGAAAACUUCACAGAGCUCUGCUGGGAUCAAAUCUCUGGAACUGGCACUUUCAGUGUUCCAGGUGUACUGUGGCUGUAAACUGGAUCUCAGUGUAAAGGCCGGGGCCAAACUAUGCCAGGUUGCCUCAGAAAGUUCUGCUCUUGAAGAAAUAUCAACAUGUGAACCUUUAAUCAAAAACACUGUGUUGGGUUUGAUGAACCUAUGUGCACAGAAUUUGAUUUCGGAACUGGUGCUGCUUGUUCCUCUCUUUCAUGCAUUAAGGAGUCCAAUGGCAAAGUCAGAUAGACUGUGCUCAUCUAUGGAUGAGCAGGAAUGGGCAGGACUUGAAAAUGUGUGGUAUUCAUUGUUUAGAGAGAGGAUUAGAGGAUACCCUGACAAGAGGAGGAUAAUGCUUCAGCUGAUCCAAGAUCAAUUAUCAUUGACCAAAUAUAAGCCUGCAUUGUUGACCAGCUGGCUUUCCAUGAUGGCUUUUGAGGACAUCCCUAAGUUUGCCGAAUUGACAGGAGCUAUUCCUGAAUACCUGAUCCAGUGCCUGAUGUACAGAAUGAAGGAGAUCGAACAAGUUACUGAUCACAACCACACAAAGAACAACCUGGAGAUAACUGAAAAGACCCUCAACUUUUUGUUGAAGAGGGUUGAUGAGGAAAGAGGAAGAAUCAUGGAGUCUAAGUCAUUGGACUUAAUUCUUGAGUGUUGCAGAAAUGUUCACAAGAGCGCUUGCAAGAUUGUCCGACUUGUCCCACAAUACAGAGUCACGGUGCUGUCAUUCCAGCUUCUGCUUAAAAUGAUUGAAAUCCAGCAUGCUCUGCUUUCAAAGGGUGGAGAGGAAAUGGAACUACAGCAAACUCAGCUUUUGUCCAAGCUCAAUGACAUGCAAAAGGAUUUUAGUAAAUGGAGAAAUAGUCUGCUUUACAAACCUCUGAUGCAGAUGUCUAAGCUGUCUUACCCUACAGAAAUAAAGUUGUGGAAUGAUUUUUACUGGAUUGAGAGCUCAAUACCAGGCUUUUCUGAGGCCUGGAAGGCUUUAUUAGACCAAGAUCUGAGACAAAGAGUGACCCAGAUCUCUGAUUUUGAAAAGGUUGUGGUGUGCUGUCUGGAGACGACAGCAAAAGCUAUUUCAAAUAGUCAUGCAAACAUUCAGUCUUGUUUCAAUGAGAUGUGCCAGCAUGCUGUUAUGAACAUAUGUCAGGCAAAGAAGGAAGGAGACCUUUUACGUUAUUUCAAGUCCAUUCCACCUCCUGUAUUGUCCUCCAUUAUUGUGGGGUCAGCAACUCGCUUUGGAGAGGAUUAUGAAGGUCGACUGCUAGACCCUCAGUCAGCAGUCAACUUCCUCUUGUCUCAAGACAAAUGGAAUCAAUGGAAGCUGAAUGAUGAUGCUAGUCAUUUAAUAGCAGAUAGUCAGUCAUACUUGGGUUCUCUGAUUCAGAAUCUUUGCCAGGGAAGUUUACCCCUGGGCCACCUUAAGACCAUCUUUAAAGAUAAGAGUCAAUUUGAGAAGCUGUACAACCAGUAUAAGAAGAACAACAAAGAAGAGAAUAUCACCAUCAAUGUUCCAGAGCUACUCAGCCAAAGAGAAUAUGACUUGAAAGUCUUUGAAGAACAUAGGAGGAACAUGACCAUUCUCACUAACAUGCUGGGAAAGAUUUCCAAUGUUAUAUAUGUACCUGAGGUUUCUUCCCUGGAAGAAAUUUUCAAAACUGAUCUGCAGGCAAUAGCACUGGACAAAUUGGUUGAAGUGCAAACAUAUUUCUCCAAAGAGGAUCUCAACAAAACAAGCACAAGGCGGGUGUUAUGUUACAGUGCUAAUCAGCUGGUGCACGACAUGGGAUGGGAGAUGCAUGAAGUGAAUGCAAGUAACCUUCUUUUAUAUUCAUGGAUAGAAAAGGCAAAAGCUCUUGAACAUAUGAUGCCUGGUCCUCCGCCAUUUUCACUAGACUUUACAGAGGUCCAUGACAGAAUCUGGAGGCCUUGUCUCUCUGAAUUCCUCAACCUUGGUCAACGGAUUGCCAGUGGAGUAGCUUGUUUUGAAGAGGUGGACCAGGCUUUGGAUUGGUGUGGAGACCAAGGUGAAGGAAAUCUGCUAAAGAAAGAGCUUACUUUAAUGGCCAUUAUGCUAAAAAGCAGUCAGGAUUUGGAUGAGAACUGGCCAGAUCAUCGCCUCAAUCAGAUUCAAGAAUAUAGACGCCUUCACCAUGCUGCUGAAACUGCUGAGGUCAUAUUGGAAAUAAAAGAUAGGUUGGGAUUGCAAGGAGACUUCAGCCAUAUACAUAGCCUGACUCAAGUGAGAGACGAAUCAUUCAGACAAAAGACUCUGGGAUCACUGAGUGAUGAUCUCAUCAAAGCCAGGCAAAAUCUGGCAGAUAUCAAACGCCAGCACACAGCCUGUUUGGAGGCAUUUUUGGACAGUGAUAUUCUCAUCAAAUGGGUCCAAACCCAAAUUCCAAGUUUAAAGGACCUGAAAGUCUUCAUGGAACUAGCAACAAUUUCUGCUGGAGAGAAUGAUGCCGACAUUGAUAGGCUGGCCAGUUUUGAAACUGCUGUUGUGGGCUACAGCCCUUUGCUUUACUCACUACUGAACAGUGCUGGAUUUGAAGAGUUUAUUGUCUGUGCAAAACAAGUAUGGGGCACCGUUGACAAAGAUGAGAAACUCCUGGAUAAAUUGAGGGACUCGUGUCGAUGGCUGGACUGGCUAAAAGGUUUAAGAGAAACCCAUGGUUCCGUUGAGCAGUCCUCUCUUUCUCUGGCCUCAGCAAUCAACAAUGGAGGUGUAUAUCAUGUAGGAUGGCCAGUGGAUUUCACUGGGAAAACAGGUUUGGACAAUGUCUUUUGUGUGAAGGUGAUGAAGGACGAAGGAGAAAAGACAUACAGUCUUAAUGAACUCUUAGAGCUGCGGAAUAAGCUCAUGCUGAUGUCAUCUAAAGGGGAGCAUGGAAGGGAGCAAGUUAACAGGUUCACUCAAGUUUUUGAAGGAGUCCAGAGGAUGGGUCAGAUCCUUCUGCAGUUGCGCACAGCAGGUAAUAUGCUCUUCCGAGACUGGGAAGCAGAGAUAACAUGCAGCCCUGAAGAGCAACCCUGCAUUUAUGUAAGAUUUUCCCUGUUAAGGAAGUAUGUUGUGUAUCAGGGUGAAGUUGUAGAGGAGCUUCAAAAGUUGUGUCGCUCCCUAGAGGACUUCCAUAAAGACUGGUGUACCUUCUUAUCUAAGAUGCGCUCACAGCAUUAUGCACUGAAUUAUUACACUUCUGAGCAAAUGGUGUAUCUUUGCGAAUGGCUCAACAGCGUCAAUAUCAAAAGAAAACCUGUGCCACAACAAAUGUGGCAUCUUUUAUCCCCUGUUAAACCAGACUGCACCUUAAAUGACAUCAUGGAGGCCUUUGAAACUGCAACUGAGACAAUUGAAGAUAUGGUUGAAGGUGAUGUGGCAGAGGAAUUCGAACAGAACAGUGAUACUGACAUGGCUAUGGGCUUCAGUUUACCAGAUGUUGGCACUGAAUGUUUGGAGGACCUAUGGAUGCAAUUUAAAAAGAAAAUGUCCAGAUUCCUCACCAACCAUGUGGAUGUUGAAACACUUGCUCGGUUUCUCUCCAGUCUGUCUGCGAUGAAUCAAACGUACGUCAAACGCAAGAUUCCUUCUGUUCUACAAGAGGGAAGGCCAAACCUCAUCCAGUGUCCUGUAGCGGAACUGAUUAUUGCCACACUGUCAUUUUACACAGAGAGCCCAGAGCAUCCUCUUCCUACAAUUGAUGAGGUAUUGAUGUGCCAAGAGGAGACAACUGAAGAGGAGGUGGAGAUCUUCCUUCGUCGAUGUCUGGGAUUCCAGGGUACUGCAAGCAAUCAUCAGAAGAUUUACUCACUGGUCAAUCCAGGAUCAUUGACCUAUGAUGUUAGUGUGGCCCUGGUGGAAUGCUUUGAGACACUAGAAAAGAGUGCUGGCCCUCAUUACUGUCUAGUGAUGGUCUGUCCUGUAAACCAGGAUAGAUAUGCUCCUUCCUUCUUCAGCAACUAUAAGGUGCAGACAGGUCUGUUUAUAUCUGCAGAAAGAUGCAAAGACUACCUUCGUCAUCAUUUCCAUAUCCCAUCUGAGCUUGCCAACCACUCACAUGUCUAUCCAAGCAAACUCUCAGUCUGGAUGAUUGCAUCUGAACGUCCAGCCGUGGGGAAGUCACUGUAUGUCAAGCGUCUGUUUGAGCAGUUCAAAAGAGAGUUUCCAACAGCAACCUGUCUAAGAAUCAGACUCAUAGAGCCCUGUGUUGAUGUGGAUGGAUUUGUCCAAACUCUGUCCCAGAGACUGACUCCACUGAGAGAACAGGAUCCUGUGCUGUUGCACAUUGAUACUGCAGCAGUACGUUGUGGUUUGGAGGAGUUCCUCUUCAAAUUCCUUGUUCUUGGAUGCCUUAGUGACAGGAUGGGAAAUAUAUGGAGGAGAAAUGCAGCUCACUUGGUGGCAGUUGAAUCACUUCAACGGCGUCCCAGUCUCAACAGUAAGACCCAAACUGAGGCACACCAUGGGCUUAUGCAUGCACUACCUACUAUCUUCUGCAGACCCCCUAUAGAAGUCAAAGCUUUGGAGAUCAAGAGAAAAAGAGAGGGGUAUUCAUCCUUAGAUCCCCUGAUGGAUAGGGGAGAGUUUAUGAGUGAAGACAUUCAGAGACCUUACCAAUACUUGCAGAGAUUCAACAGGAAUUUUAACUUGGAUCGUUUCAAAUAUCAAGCUCAGUCGGUGGAAGGUGAUCCAGUUGACUGUCUUCAUCAUCUUUUGUCAAACUGUGGCUUGAAGGACCCAUCAUGGGCAGAAUUGAAGCACUUUACUUGGUUUCUUAACCUUCAGCUUAAAGACUGUGAGGAUUCCAUGUUUUGUGAUCCAGACUUCCUUGCUGACAAUUUAAGUGGCUUUAAAGGCUUCCUUGUAAAAUUCAUGAUUCAUAUGGCUCGAGACUUUGCAUCUCCUUCCGUUGACAUCUCUGACCAAAGCCCCUCCUUUUUCUCUGAGAAUGAAGAUGAGGCAGAUAUCCUAGCUAAACUAACUAUUCGGAAGCGAUGGGAAAAUGAAUCUCACCCAUACAUCUUUUUCAAUGCAGACCAUUUGACAAUGUCUUUCUUAGGAUUUCAUGUGAAGAAAAGUGGAACUAUUCUCAAUGCAGUUGAUCCACGAAGUGGAAAAGUGUUAAUGGGAAAUGUGAUGUCACAAGAGCUGUAUUCAGGCCUUGAACGGCAAAGAAUUGACCUUUCUGAGGACUUUGACAAACUAGAGAGAGAAGACAAAAUACAAAGAAUUUCCUUUGUUGUUGGAGCUCAAAAAGGCUGGAAAAAGGGGCAGUUUGAUCCAGACCGUACGUAUGAACUCACUGCUGACAAUGUCAUGAAGAUGUUGGCAAUUCAUAUGCGAUUCAGAUGUGAGAUUCCAGUGAUCAUCAUGGGAGAAACUGGCUGUGGGAAGACACGGCUUGUGCGCUUUCUCUGUGAUCUGCAACGUGAAGGUAGAGAUGUUGAAAACAUGAAACUAGUCAAAGUUCAUGGAGGUACUACUUCUGAGACUAUCUAUACAAAGGUGAGAGAGGCAGAAAAACUUGCUCUGGACAAUCGCCAAAAUUUCAAACUUGACACAGUUUUGUUUUUUGAUGAAGCCAACACAACUGAAGCAAUCUGUGCAAUCAAGGAGGUUCUAUGUGACAAAACUGUACAGGGUUACCCUUUGAAGAAAAAUUCUGGUCUGAAAAUAAUUGCUGCCUGCAAUCCCUACCGAAGACACAGCUCUGAAAUGGUUGAUCGCUUGGAGCGAGCUGGGCUUGGAUACAGAGUGAAAGCUGAGGAAACUGAGGAUCGCCUUGGUAAAGUUCCCAUGAGACAGCUUGUGUAUCGUGUGCACCCUUUACCCCCAAGCAUGGUGCCUCUCGUAUGGGAUUUUGGGCAGUUAAGUGAUUCAACUGAACUGUCUUAUAUUCGUCAGAUUGUGCAAAAACAAAUUAGAGAUCAUGAUUUGCCCCUUACAUGCCAGAAAGUGAUCACAGAAGUUCUGACUGCCUCUCAAAGAUACAUGCGCAGUCAAAAAGAUGAAUGCAGCUUUGUAAGUCUUAGGGAUGUGGAGAGAUCAAUGUCUGUCCUGGUCUGGUUCUACAACCACAGAGAUCAUCUUUUUCCAAAUAACUACUUGAUCGAAAUGGAACAGAUGGCCUUAAAAUGCUUGGUGCUUGCCGUGGGUGUUUGCUAUUAUCCGUCACUUGAAAACAAAGGUCCAUACCUCUCCGCUGUAAGUAAAUGCUUUCCUCAUCCAUUCAACUCCGAAGAAUCACUGGAGCAGGAAAUAUCUUCAUGCCAAGACUUUUUUCUUGAGAACAUUAAAACAAGAGAAACAAUUGCUAAAAAUCUGGCUUUAAAAGAGAAUGUUUUCCUCAUGGUGGUCUGCAUUGAGUUGAGAAUUCCCCUCUUUCUGGUUGGCAAGCCAGGGAGUUCAAAAUCUCUUGCUAAGACUGUUGUAGCAGAUGCCAUGCAGCGUCAGGCCUCUCACUGUGAUUUAUUCAGGAAACUCAAAGAGGUUCACAUGGUGUCUUUCCAAUGCAGCCCUCACUCAAGUCCUGAAGGCAUCAUUGGAACCUUUCGGAACUGUGCACGUUUCCAAAAGGAUAAGAACUUUGAUGAGUAUGUUUCGGUAGUUGUGCUUGAUGAAAUAGGACUUGCAGAGGACUCUCCUCAGAUGCCACUGAAGACAUUGCAUCCUCUUCUAGAGGAUGGAUGCAUAGACAGUGAGAGGCCACAGCCACACAUGAAGGUUGGAUUUGUUGGAAUCUCAAACUGGGCUCUUGACCCAGCAAAAAUGAACAGAGGCAUUUUUGUGUCCCGUUGGGACCCAAGUGAGAAAGACUUAGUAGAGACAGCUGAAGGAAUCUGCUCAUCCUCCAGAACCGUUCUUCUCAAAAUCAAGCACCUCCUGCCAAAGUUGGCAAAGGGCUUCCUAAACAUCUGUAAAAAUGACAGUGAACAGUUCUUUGGACUCCGAGAUUAUUAUAGCUUGGUAAAAAUUAUUUUUGCAACAGUCAAAAAUUCAGAUCAAGAACCAUGUGACCGUGAGUUGGCAGAAGCCGUGUUGAGAAACUUCAGCGGACAAAGGGAUGGUUUUGAUCCACUUGAUAACUUCAGGGACCUCUUCCCGAGUGUUCAAGAAGUUCAAAGGCCAAGUACAUUGAAAAUGAUUGAACAAAACAUAGACCGCCACAAUGACGAAGAGUGCCGCUACCUUCUUUUGCUUACAACUAACAAUGCUGCCUUGUAUAUAAUCCAACACCAUAUUUUCUCGAAGCAGAAGUACACAUGCCCUGAAAUUGUGUUUGGUUCAGGAUUUCCAAAAGACCAGGAGUAUGCCCAGAUAUGUCGCAAUGUUAGUCGAAUAAAGGCAUGCAUGGAAACCGGCCGAACUGUGAUCCUAUUGAAUCUCCUCAAUCUGUAUGAGAGCCUGUAUGAUGCUUUGAAUCAAUAUUAUGUCUACUUCAGUGGACAGCAGUAUGUCGACUUGGGGCUUGGUUCACACAGAGUAAAGUGUCGAGUUCACAGAGACUUCAGACUGGUUGUGGUGGAGGACCAGGAAAAAGUCUACAAAAGGUUCCCUGUUCCUCUAAAAAACAGGCUUGAGAAACACAAAGUUGAUAGGAGUACAGAUUUGACUCCUUGGCAGCACAGAGUUUUGGAAAAACUCAAAAAAUGGACACAAGAGUUCUCAAGACUUCAGCAAUCUGAAUCUACUGCAGCAAAUUUUAGCUUAUCAGAUGCCUUUGUUGGUUUUCAUGGUGAUGCUUGUGCCAGUGCACUCCUUCAGGCUUUAGAGAAAAUACAAAAACAGGGCCAUGAUAAAGCUAUUAAAAACUUUGAACCCAUGUACGAGAAUGAUAUCGUCAGUGAACCAAGUGAAGAGGGCUCUAACACUUCCAUGGAAAAGGACAUAGACAGGAAGAGAGAGGAAAUUGAAGCUUAUCACUCAGUAAUUGGUAAAGAUGAAGAUAUGACUGGUACCGAGUCACAUAAGGAAAUGCGAAAAUUCCCUGAAGAGGUGGAAGGAGACUGUGCUUCAGUGGAGGUUGACAGCAAGGUAGACUACACAGAAGUUGAAAACACUGGCACUCUUGGAGAUGCUUCUGAGCUUGUGAAAAUGGAUGAAAAUCCUCAUGACCUCGGGGCAAGAGAGCACAUGGAGUACAUUGAAACCAUGGAUGAGGAAGAGGAAGCCUUUGAAACUGCCAAAAGCAUUCUCUUGAACUGUGCCACACCAGACUCUAUACUGAGGCUGAAGUAUUCAGAAUUUGGAAAUCAAGAAAAAGACAAACUUCAGAGAACAUAUUUUCAUCAGCAAAGCCAUAAAUCUCUCCGAGACCUGAUAGACAGCCAUUUGAACAAGACCGAUCAGGACAAGAGCAGAUUCUUAGAGAUAACAACAUUCUCCAGUCUUCUCACUGGAGCUGAUGUGAGAAGGAUUGCCGCAGCCUUGGGUUUGUCCACUGAAAGGCUUCUUCUGCUCUCUUUACACCAGUUUGACACAGAAGCCUCUUUUUGCUGCAAAAUACGGUCCUUCCUGAGAGAUUCUGGGCUCUCUCUACAUAUUCUCCUGGUUCAGAUGGACAUGGAUGAGUCCAUGUGCAAAAAUGAACUUAUUGCUUCAGCAAAAUACUGUACCAUGAAUGAAAUUUUGUCCCUAAAGUCAGAUGAGUACAACUUCUAUACUGUGUUCAUCACAAAGCUUUCCAGAAUUGGGGAGCAUUGUACAACAAGUGGCAACAAGUACACUGGCUUUCAAGGAGGAGUUUGGCUAUCUGCACAUAUUGAUGACCUCAGAGAUUCCGAUGACAUGAGCUUAGAUCUACAGGCUUUUUGUGCGAUACCCAUAAGUAAACUCAUCUCACAGACAGUGAAAUCAGAUGUCAAAGAUUUUGAAGAAAUGGAUAUGGACAGACCAGAAAGUCAGAAGGGAGAUUCAGCAUGUCUACACAGUUUAUCCCUCAUUAGAUCUUGCACCCAGAAAGCUGUGUCAUUGCUGAGAGACACAGGUAAAAAAACCUCCAGGAGUAUGGAGCGCAUGAACAUACUGUUUGGCCUUCUGGGAGAUGACCCUGGGAAAACAGGAGUACGGUUCCAAAAAGUGUUGCAAAUGAGGCUGGUGAUUGCAAUGAUACAAAGGGAGGAGCUGAUUCCUAAUGCAAAAGACUGGGCUUAUAAAGAGGCAAAGAACCGUGAAGCCUUACAAGAAGGCGGAACACUUCGGCACACUUUGUGGCGUAGUCUACAAGGUGUUUUGAGCCCAGUGCUAGCCCGAGUGUUAGAGGUGUUGGACAGAGACCGUAAUUUGUAUUUAUUGUAUGGGGAAGGGCUCAGCGAGGGACUGGUCCAGUUCUGGCUGGAUAUCUUUGAAGAUCAACAACUCCUUGACCUAACACUCUCACAGAAUGCAAGUGCUCCAGAGCAGGAGAUUAACGUGCAGUGUCACCUGUUUAUUGGAGAAGAGGAACACCCUUGUGCUGCUCCUUUUAGCUGGCUGAUGAAAAAAAUCUGCCAAAGUUUGUGGGAGGAAUCAGAGUUUAUACGAGGCGCUGAUCAAGGCAACAAAGUGAGGAUUCAGCAGUUUGUUAGUGCUGUGUCAAGCAGUGGACUUGGCAACUAUAUCGAAAAACUUUCAGAGGGAGAGAGACUUGAGUUGGGUCAGCGCUACCUGACUGACUAUGUACUUCUGUCAUUCAAAAUCCAGUCUGAGGAAGAGCUAAGGGUCUUCUCUACUGCAGUGUGGGGUUGUGUGUAUGCUCUGCAGAAAGAUAUGUCAGUAACCCCUGAGCUUUCCCCAUCAUGGAUCCUUGCAGCAGCCCAAAUCUAUGCACCACGCCUGGACACAUUAUCACAUGCCUUUCAGCUCAAUCCCCAGCUGGUACAAACCAUCCAGCAGCCGAGACUAAAGAAAGAAGCUCCUGAUAUGUGUGAGGACAUUCUAGCUGUUGGUAUCUGUGUUGAGGAAACAAAGCUCCUACCAUUAACAUCAAAAUCUGAGUGCCAGACCUUCUUGAAUUGUGUUGAGCAGCUGCAGCCGUGUUUAGAGAGAGUGUUCAGUCCAAGCUAUUGUGCCCUUUGCAGCCCUGGUUGUCUGAGCCAGCUGGACACUAUAAAGUCAGUGUGGCAUGGGAUGAUGCUAGUGGCUGCCUUCAUUGAGCAGGUGAUAGUUAAGAUGAAAGUAGGAGAUGAGAGGAUAGAAACACUGACUCUGAAACACUGCAGCCAGUUACAUGGGUUGAUGGAAGAGUCUCCUGAUUUGAGAAGCAAAGGCAAUCUUCAGCAAAUCAUCCGCAUUCUCAAUGGUUUUCACGAUGAGUCCAUCAGCAGAGAACUAAGGUUUGGUGUGAAGUGUUCAGUGUGCCUGUCGGAUCUGUCAAAGCCCACUGCUCUUCCCUGUGAUCAUGUGUUCUGUCUGUCCUGUCUGAAGAGAUCCAUAGAGAGAGAAGGAUCUGAGUACUGUCCCGUGUGCAGAGCAUCUCUGCCCAACAACUACCAGCCCACUGUCUCCAGAAAUGUAGAUUUAGCCCUGAGACAGCAUAAAGAGAUAAGGAAAUGUUGUAACAGCUUUUUCCUGGAGGUGGUCUCUCGCUUUUGUCUGACUGAUAAACAAGACCCCCCAGAGGAUCUGGUUGAACUGCUUUUCUCUCUCCUCAUCUCAGCACAAGGAGAUGUUUAUAAGACCAGAGAUCUCACACCUUUCCUGGAGUGUGUUGACCAAAGCCCUGUAGUGCGCUCUGUGCUGCCUAAACUCCUUCUGCAAUAUAGCUUCAAACAGGUGAAGAAGCAUAUUCAAAGCUACUUAGAAAACUUGGAGAGCAAGCUUCUGGACCAGGAGGACAGAACUGAACUCUAUCGGCUCUUUGUCAACUGUUUCCAGGAUUCCUUGCUCUGUUCUGGAUUAAAUGGAGCUGUUGAUGUGGAAGAGAAUCAUAGAUGUCUGCAGGAGAAUGUGAACUUCCUCAGCCGAUUGGCUCGUAAACAGACGACUUCCAGACAGCAUGACCCAGCUGAGUUUCUGCUGUCUAUGGCUCAUCUCAGAAUGUGUCUGGACUCAGCUGCCCAUAUCCUGCCCAAAGCUGUUGACCAAAAAAAUGGUAAUUGUGAUAUUGUGGAGCUAAAGCUUUUGGAGCAGGUAAAAGCUGUGUGUGAGUACUGUGACCAUGACUGGUACAGAGUUUAUCUGCUCCGAGCGCUCAACAGGCAUGCUGGCAUGGACUGUCUACAAGUGCUGAUCAGCAGCGCUGAUUAUGAAUGGAUCUUCCCUGCUGAGAUACUACGCCUUCAUAGGUUGAUUCCUGCAGAGGUGGAUCGGUUUUUGUGUUGUGGUCAGUCAUACCGGAUUCUUAGAGAUGGAGUCGGACAAGCACUGCAGGAAGGCAGGACUGAUGGGCUGAAAGAUGCCCUACAGGCAAUGGGCAGUUCAGGCUCUUUGAAAAGCGCCUUGCUGACUCUAGCUGUGUUCAGACAGGUCACCUGUCGUCUCAUGUCAUCUGAAAGAGAAAUCUAUCCUCAAGCACAGGAGAUAAACUUCUUGAAGGACUUUAUUAGAGAGAACGUAUCAGGACAUGUCAGAGACCUCUGCACUGCCCUCUUAGCCAAUCAGAUUGGAGGACCAGGAUCUCACCUGAGUCUCAACGCAGGUGUACCUUCUCAACGUCGCCCUCUGCUGGAGCUCCUGUUGCAUGCCAGUGUAGUGUUUCACAGUGGCAACAGACUGCUCAGUCCACUCCACUUGAUUUCCUCUCAACCUCAGAACAUGACAGGAGCCUUUUUACCCACUAUGCCGGACGACCACACCAGUGAGGUCCAGAAGUGGCUCAAAGAGAAAAAACUAAAGAUGUAUUAUUGUGCUAAUGGUCAUGCAUGCUUUGUGGGAGAGUGUGGUAAACCAGUGACUUUGUCAAAUUGUGCCACAUGUGGAGUGCGUAUAGGAGGCCACAAUUAUAACCCAGUGGCAGGUUUUACUGAAGCCCAUGAAAUCACAGACCAGACACAACCAGGACAUAUAUUGGGGGAAGCUGAAAACCGGUCUGAAGCCCCACACAGGAACCUGUCUCUUGCACAAUCUUGUGUCCUCCGCCUAUGUCUUCACCUGGCCAUGUUGCAAGGGGCCAUUCACCACCAGCAGGGCAUCAGAUCUAUGAUCCACCCAACUGUUAAGGAUGUCUAUGAGUUCCUCUGGCAACAUCUUGAAAAGGACAUGAAGGUUCUUGGGAAGACUUUAAAUCUUAAUAUGGAUGACACUGCCAUCAUAGUGCAUCUGAUCCUCAACUGGGUUUUACAAACAACAACAGGUGGUGUCCAGGAUCUGUCAUCACGCAGGUCCAGAGAGCAGUGGGAGAGUACAGUCUGUAAUUCAGUCAUCAGUCCUGUUUUACAGGAUUUGAACAAGAAUUUAGGUAGUGCACAGGAUCUGAUUGCAGCUGAUAACAGACUCUCUGACAGCCCCUUGAUGAAGGUGCUCAGGGGAGACCCUAAAACAUUCCUUCAUCUCCCCACAAACUGCCCCACCCAGCACUCUGCCUUCUGGAGCCCUUCACCUGUGCUAACGGUGGAAAGUUUCUCCCAGCAAAUAGAUCACAGUCAAACACCCCUGCUUAGCCUUUUUCUCAGUAAGGUGCACUGCAUAAGACAGCUGGUCCAUUUGCCAGCUCUUGCUGCCCUGUUGUCUGAUCUAGUGAAAGUACUGCCUCCAGUCUCUGAAACCCAGACUCACACCAUCACGACAGUGCUACAUAGUAUUCCUGCUGGUCAUCAGAGGGAAAUACUGUCAGAAAGAGUUGAGAUCUUCAUGAAGGUGUGGAACCACCUCAGAAUUGAAAUAGUUAAUAAUGCUUCAGUGGGUUUAGAUCGUGCACUAUGUGAAAAACCAAUGACUAAGGACAGUUCUGGGCAGUUUCUCUCUCUCAGUCAUCAUGGACCAGGCUCAUGUCUCCACGCGAUCAUAGAUCUCCUGUCUGAAACUCACAACAGUCUUGUGCGAGAGGCCAGGAAACUCUGUCACCAGGAAGACAGUGACUAUAGAGUACCAUUAGUGGCACUGUCUGAGAGUCAACUAGCCUUGUGUCACCCAGAAAGGGAGCUGCUCCCUCUGGUGUUAGCUAACUGCCAUUACACACUAGAAAAGGGCACGCAAACAGUGAGUUCCUGUGAUCAUCAGGCUGUUGAGAGAGAGCUCAGUAGACGAUUUUUUGCAGGAAAACCACGCAUUCAAACAGACACUGAUAAGUAUCUGAGAAGACACCAUCAGAAUUUUUCAGAAGUCCUUAAUGAAGUUAGAGCCAAAAUACCUCAGGAAUCACUAAAGGGCUCUGUUCUCAGCUCCAUGAGAUCCAUGCUGCGCUCAUUCACUGAUGUGUGUGACGCAGUUUAUGCUGUGGAGAUUGGGCUCCGUUUUCUGGGUAAAACUGGAGGAGACCCACAGGUUCUGCUGCUAUCCUAUCUUCUGGACUCGCUGAAAAUGGACCAACACAUCUCAAGCAGCAUAGCUGAGGCUUUGAAGGAGAACCGGCUGAGUCAGUGCACAGCCACCUGGCAGCUCCUUACCUGCUGGAAGAGUGAACAGAUGAUGAGGAGAGGACAGGAUCCAUUCCAGCGGCUGUCCAAAGAAUUUAGAAAGAAACUAACUUCAGAGGAGAGAAAGGAGGUGAAGGUUUUCCUUGGAGUCACAGACAUUGAUAUUCUCUCUCUGGAACUGCAUGAGAUCCUUCAACUCAAGACCAACAGCACUGUGGAAGAUGGCUUCGCUCCACACUGGGACAUCAAGUCCACCAUGGAACUCCAUUUGGAGGAGAAGAACAUCACAUCUUUUCCUGGUCUAGACAUUCUUCCAGAGGAAAUUACCCUGGCUAAAGCUGCAGAAAUCUGGACACUUGCAGUGGGAUUCAAACGAUAAAAUGUUCCUCUGUUAGAGCCAAACCUAACAGAAACAAAUUCAUAAUGCGAACAAGUGAUUAAUGCAAAUGUUUAAAGAUCGGGCCCACUUUGAUAUCAUUCAGAUGUUGCUGCCUUUGUUAUUUCUGAUUGGAAUUAACUCUUGGCCUUUGUAGAGAGCAAGACUAUGACUCAUUUCAUUUUUGUUAUUGUUAAUACAAUAUAUUACAAAUAAUUUGUGUUUACAGACUGUGAAUCUGUCUUCAUAAUGUCAAGCACUUAAAUGUUUAAGGGAUUUGUAUAAAUCUUUGAUUUACGGAACAAGAAUUAAUUGAACAACUAUUGUUAUAGCACCUUGCCUCUUUGUUUUUAAUUACGUUUGUUUUUUUCUGAUUAACAAUUUUUUAUUGAUUAAUAUAUUAAACACAGAAAAACAAAAUAUAUAUACACAGAAUUAAUAUUUAACCCCCACUAUUACCCCUCCCAAUCCCCAACCCCACCCUGGCCCUCAACAACACCCCAGUGGUCAUACAUGAUUAUAGACGCAAAUUUUAUAUAUAUAUAUAAUAUAUAUAUAUAUAUAUAUAUAUAUAUAUAUAUAUAUAUAUAUAUAUAUAUCGCACAUAUUACAACUGUACCUCUCUCUCCACUGCCUCUCCCUGAGAGCCCUCCAAAAAUGCAGAUAUCUGCCCCAUUUCCCCACAAACGAGUCCAAUUUCCCCAGUCUUCUAGAUGACCCUUCUUCAAAAGCCACCACCCUCCCCAUCUCCAAGCUUCACUCCUGAAAUGGGGGCACUCCAGCUGACCUCCAUCCCCAUAAAACUAUCUGUCUGGCGAUCAUGACACUGGUUAGGACCCAACUCUUUAUGUGACUAUUCUCUACAUCGAUGACCGCCCCAUCACCCAAAAUACAGAGUCUGGGGCAAAAUGAAACCCGAGUGCCCAAUACAUGACACACCUUCAACCAAAAUUCUUGGAUCUUAACACACCACCAAAAGACAUGUGUUGUGUAUCCAUCCUCUGACUGGCAUCGCCAGCAGGUGGGUGUGUUUUUAAGACCAAGACUAUACAUUUUAGAGGGGGCCCAAUAGAAUCGAUGUAAAAUCUUGAAGUCCAUAAGGCGCACCCUUGCAUCUCUAGAUGCAGACUUGUCGUUUUUUUUAAUCCUAGCCCACACUCUCUCCUCAAUUAUGUGUUUUUAAUUAGGGCAGUUCACUCUAAUUACACAUGGCCACCAUGAGAUGGCACCAAGUCAAGACAGAGACUCAAUGAUGGCUCAAAUGGCACAGACUGGAACUGAAUGAGAUCUCGUUCAGUUCACAAAACAUGCCUGUAUGCUUUGGUGAGAUGAAAACCCUUAGUGAUUGUUGUCUUUGCAUGUGCAAUUAAUUCUUAUGUACAAUUAUUGUUUGUUUUGUUUAGAGAGGCUUUUGGACACUUGGAUAAAUAAUUUUUGUAAUGCUAUAGCUUUUGAUUGCUUUGUCGUAAUAACACCAAUUUUUACAAAACAAAAGCAGAGCUACUUUAUUUACACCUAGAGAUGUAUAAUGUCAAAUCAGAAAAAUAAGAAAAAAACGUACAUUUUUGUCUCAAGUUUUUUUUUGUGACUUUUCAGCUGUUUCUUAGGCUGAGAGUCUUAU